AUGAAAGAAUUAAUAAUUUGUAAUAAUAUUAAAUUAAUUAAAGAAGAGAUUCAUAAAAAAAAGAUAGAGAUUUCAAAAAGAAAUAAUAAAGAAUAUUAUGAAAUUAAAGUUGGAUUUGUACCAACAAUGGGAUAUUUACAUAGUGGUCAUAUAUCAUUAGUAGAGAGAGCAAAACUUGAAAAUGAUAUUGUUGUAGUAUCAAUAUUUGUAAACCCAACUCAAUUUAAUGCCAAUGAAGAUUUAUCAAGUUAUCCAAGUGAUAUUGAAAAUGAUUCAAAAUUAUUAAAAAAUGUUGGAACUGAUUUAUUAUUUUUACCAACUCCAGAUAUAAUGUAUCCAAAGGAAAGUGGUUAUUCAACUUUUGUCACUGUAGAAUCAAUGGAACAAGUGAUGGAGGGGAAAAGCAGACCUGGUCACUUCCGCGGCGUUGCAACUAUCGUGACUAAACUAUUACUAAUUACAACUCCCACUAAUUUAUAUAUCGGUCAAAAAGAUGCUAUGCAAUGUAUUUGCAUUAAAAGAUUAGUUGCAGAUUUAAAUAUUGACACCAAUGUGAUAAUAUGUAACACAAUUCGUGAAGACACCGGUCUAGCAAAGUCAUCCAGAAAUUCUUAUUUAUCAAAUGAGGAACAAAUUCAAGCAUCGUCAAUUUAUAAAAUUUUAGAAUCCUUUAAAAAUAAUAUAAAUUCAUUCACUGAUCGUCAAAGUUUUAUUAAUGAAAUAACUAAACAACUUGAACAAAAUCCAUUGUUCAAAGUUGAAUAUGUUAGUAUUGCUUCAAACAUAACUGGUUUAGAAAUAAUUGACCAAUUUCCACCACCAAAAGAUUCAAAUUUAUCAUUAGCAUUAUUAUUUUUUGCUGAAAAACGUAAAACUCGUUUAAUUGAUAUUAUAAUUUUAUAA